AUGUCUCGUUGCUAUGCCCCGGAAGACCGUUUGGGACUCCUCCUGGCCAACCGCCUGGAGCUUACCUCCAUCCUCGGGGUAGGCGCCUAUGGCGUCGUCUACACCGCCGUCGACAUCCAUACCAAUCUCAUGUACGCCGUCAAGGCCCUCAACAAGGCUGGCUUGGAUCCCCGCCAGCUCAAGUUCCAGCAGCGGGAAAUCAAACUCCACCACACCGCCAGCCGCCACGCCAACGUGGUCUCCCUGGUCCGGAUCAUGGAUGCCGUCGAUUGUACAUACGUGGUCAUUGAAUUCUGUCCGGAAGGUGACUUGUUCUCCAACAUCACCGAAAAGGGCCACUUCGUUUCAAAUGAUCCCUUGGUCAAGCGCGUCUUCCUCCAGGUCCUGGAUGCCGUCCAGUUCUGCCACUCCCAAGGGAUCUACCACCGGGACUUGAAGCCGGAGAACAUCCUGGUCACCGACCAAGGACUGACCGUCAAGCUGGCUGACUUUGGCCUCGCCACCGAAGAUGCCUACACCACCGACUUUGGCUGCGGCUCGACCUUCUAUAUGUCGCCUGAAUGCCAACAAACCUACCCCCGUCCCAUGUCCUCAUACGAAUCGGCCCCCAACGACGUCUGGAGUCUCGGCGUCAUCCUGGUCAAUCUGACGUGCGGCCGCAAUCCGUGGAAACGAGCCUCACCCGAGGACUCCACCUUUCGCGCCUAUCUCAAGGACCCCUUCUUCCUGCAGUCCAUCCUGCCCCUGUCCGAUGAGAUGAUCGUCAUCCUGAGUCGUAUCUUCGAGUGCGACCCCACUAAGCGGAUCACCAUCCCGGAGCUGCGCCACCUGAUCCUGGACUGCCCCCGGUUUACCAUGAACCCGGCCACGCCCUGGGCCCUGCCCCAGUUUGUGCAGCCCGUGCCGGUGUCCACGCCCGUGGACGUCGACGCCUUCACCCAGUCGUCCGUCUCCUCGGGCUCCUCCCACUACUCGGACGCCUGGGACUCGGCCGUCUCCGACACAUCCUCCUGGACCGAGGGGUAUCCCGAUGUGGACAGCUUAUCUUCCGUCGGCGUGGAUUUCGCAUCCGACUGCAAAGAUGACUUUCCCCCCGCGGACUCGGUCGCCUGCAGCGAUCUUCCCGAGCCCCUGGUCUUCCCCCAACCCUUCACCCUUCCUAUCCGCGUCUGCUGA